AUGCUUGUUGGCCUAUGUGUAGGGCGAUUGUCAGCUGCAGCAGUGGGUCUGUCUACAACUCUCGUAGAACUUGUUCCCCUUGCCGUGGAAGUUGUCAGGCUUGCAAUUCGAUUGGGAUCGUUGGUGUUCACCGUUGGAGGUGAAUUGGAGGACUCCAAUGAAGUAAAGCCAUGGGCAAUUCUGCUGGACAAAGGUGUUGUUGCGAUGGAGGAUUUGCGCUCCGUGAUUGAAGCCGUGGAUACCACCAGUCGGAAAAAGACCUUUAUUACCGCCGAGUUUGAGCGAACUGUGACGAUACAAGGCUCUCCAUCCUCACUAGCGCAUCUAAGAAAGGCCCUUCUCGAAAAGUCAAAACCUGAAAAUCAGUCUCAGUGGGGACGGCCAGUUCCCAUCUUCGCCCCCUACCAUGCCUAUCAUCUCUAUAGCGAGGCGGACAUUACAACUCUGAUCCAAGACCUACACGUGGCCUGCCCAGAAGAAAAACGACCAAUGUGCCGAUCCUCAAUAUUUUCAUCCCAGGACGGCAGAUGUUACACCCAGGGUACUUACAGAGAAGUGCUCGGUCAAGCUCUGACAGAUAUCCUGAUCCAGCCGAUCCAAUGGAGCAACCUCUGUCAAGGUGUCACAUCUUGUGUUUCAGAGGCUGGACCAUCGGAGUGGGAGAUCCAGUGCUUUGGACCAGUUCAUAACCAGAAAGCACUCGCCUCCAAUAUUACAGAGAAGGCGGGUGUAACUGUGACAAUCAUUGACACUUCCAUUCAAGGGGGUGAACUCGGGGCUGGGCAAGCAUUAAACACGCCGAUCGCUGUUGUUGGGAUGGCGGGUCGGUUUCCUGAUGCGGAUAGUAUAGAAGAGCUUUGGAAUGUACUCUCAAACGGCAUUGACUGUCAUAAAGUGAUUCCCAGUGAUAGAUUCGACCCACAGAUUUAUGUCUCCAAAAACGGCAAAGAUAAGAACAAGAGUGCGACGGAGUACGGGAACUUUAUGAAGAGUGCCGGCAUGUUCGACGCUCGGUUCUUUAACAUGUCUCCGCGGGAAGCCAUGCAGACAGACCCCCAGCAGAGACUGGCCUUGGUCACCGCAUACGAAGCCCUCGAAAUGGCAGGAUAUGUACCCGGUCGCACAUCAUCCACGCAAAUGGAGAGGAUUGGGACAUUCUUCGGACAAACGACCGAUGAUUAUAAAGAUGUCAACGUCGUGCAAGAAAUAGAUACGUAUUACGUGCCUGGGGUUGUUCGUGCGUUUGGUCCUGGACGAGUAUCUCGAGCGAAUCAACUAGGUGGUCCAAGUGUGAGUGUUGACACGGCCUGUGCCUCCAGUGCCACAGCGUUGAACCUGGCUUGUACAUCGAUAUGGAGCAAAGAGUGCGACACAGCAGUGGUUGGGGGCAUGAUGCUUCUCAGCAGCCCUGACAUGUAUGCUGGCCUCUCGCGCGGCCACUUCGUUUCGAGCGAUGGGCCAUGCAAAACAUUCGAUGACGAAGCGAAUGGCUACUGCCGUGGCGAAGCAGUAGCAAGUGUUGUACUGAAGCGGCUGGAUGCUGCCACUGCAGAUAAUGACAACAUACUAGGUGUCAUCCUAGCAUCUGCCACAAAUUACUCGGCGUACGCGGCAUCAAUCACUCAGCCUCAUGCUGGCACACAAGAAACAUUGUUUCGUAAAGUGCUCUCCCAAGCGGGUGUACAUCCUGGGGAUAUUGAUUACGUGGAACUCCAUGGGACGGGCACUCAACUUGGUGACUCCAUCGAGAUGACUUCUGUAAUGAACGUCUUGGCGCCAGAUUUCCCUCCCAGGGGGUCACAAAUUCCGCUAUAUGUCGGCUCAGUCAAAGCAAACAUCGGCCACGGAGAAUCUGCCUCGGGGAUAUCGGCCUUGAUCAAAAGUUUGCUCCUUUUUGAAAAACAGCAGAUCCCACCUCAUAUCGGCAUCAAGAGUGGACGUUUAAACCGCACCUUUCCAUCACUGGCCCAGAGAGGCGUUAGAAUCGCAGACCAAUCAAUAUCAUUCCCCGCAACACCCGGACGGAAGCGUAAGGUUUUGAUCAACAACUUUGGGGCUGCGGGUGGAAACUCAAGUUUUGUCUUGGAAGAAGGUGACUUAGUUGAUCAUUCCCCAUCGACACUCGAGCGCGAUCAUGUGAUCAGCGUAACUGCUAAGUCAGACGUGUCUCUCAAGGGGAACUUGAAGAACUUGAUCGAUUAUCUCAAUCAGUAUCCCGACACGGCUAUUGAGGAUCUCGCAUAUACAACCACUGCACGGAAAGUCCAACAUCCACUCCGUGUUUCUUUCACCGCUUCAUCAAUACUCCACGCCAAGAAAGCCCUGACUUUGGCCUUGGAACGCCAAGUUACUCGAACAGCCAGCAAAACGCAAGAUGCAAUUUUUGUCUUCACCGGUCAGGGCUCCCUGUCGCUAGGGGCUGGAAAACAGCUCUUUGAAACUAGUCCUUUAUUCAGGUCGUACCUAACUCGAUUUGAGCGCAUCGCGAUAGAUCACGGGUUUUCCUCCUUUGUUCAGGAGAUUGUAAAUGGCGAACAUGAUUUUGAUCAACUCUCCCCUGUUCAGACGCAGCUUUGCCAUGUCUCAAUUCAGAUGGCUUUGGUUCAGCUCUGGUCGUCUUGGAACAUCAAACCUUCCGCAGUGAUUGGCCAUAGUCUAGGGGAAUAUGCUGCACUAUUUGCCGCGGGUAUUCUGUCUGCAAGCGAUACGUUGUACCUCACUGGUCGACGCGCAACUCUUCUGCAAACUAACUGCAGCCCCUCGACACAUUCAAUGCUGGCAGUCAAUAUGCCACUGAAUGGAGUUAGGAACGCCCUUGCCGCCAUUUUCGACCAUCUAGAGACCUCCUGCAUAAAUGGACCCUCAAAUGUCGUCGUCAGCGGCCCAAAGUCUGCCGUUCAAGAAGCGGGAAAGAUUCUGAAGGCAAAUGGAACAUCAUGCUCCAUGCUUAAUGUCCCAUAUGCCUUUCACUCUUCUCAAGUUGAUCCAAUCCUUGCAUCAUUUGAUAAGGAAGUCAUUGCAAUCUCAUUUUUACCAUCCCGAGUUCCUAUUUUCUCAACCUUGCUUGGCCAAAUCAUACAAGCAGGGGACGAGAUAGGACCAAGCUAUCUUGUACGCCAUGCUCGAGAACCGGUUCAAUUCCUCGAUGCCCUUAAUACUGCACAAGAAGAAGGCAUGAUCACGUCAAGCUCAGUUUUCCUGGAGAUUGGCCCUCAUCCCGUCUGUUUAGGCAUGAUACGUCCCACUAUUGACUCCACCCAGCGAUUACUUCCCUCGCUGCAUCGCAAGGAAGACUCGCUCACUACCAUCUGUAAAGCCCUCGCAGCUCUCAAUGGCCUUGGAUUUUCAAUCGACUGGAAUGAGUAUCACAACAGCUUUGAUCAUACCCCAAGACUUCUGAAACUUCCAACCUACGCAUUUGACGAGAAGAGAUAUUGGAUUGAGUAUAAGAAUGAUUGGCUUUUACGACGUCACGAAUCUGUACCUUCGCAUCCGUCAAACAAGUCCAUUCAAAAUCUGACAACCACGGUACAACGGGUUGUUUCCUCAAUCGUCCAGGGUACAAGUGCCAGUGUGGCCUUUGAGUCAGAUCUGUCAGAUCCAUGCCUACAUAGCUUGAUUGCGGGUCAUGUUCUUAAUGGAGUGGCAUUGUGUCCAUCGGGGGUUUUCUCUGAUAUAUCUCUUACCGUGGCGGACUACUUCCGAACAAACUUUAUUUUCCCUGGCCCCGUGUCAGGCAUGAAUGUUGUCAACCUGCAGAUGACGAGUCCUGUUGUCAUGUCACUGGAGAGGCCCACUGAAUCGAAGAUGCUUCAGAUAGUUGGAGAAGCAAAUUUCGACUCAAACUCCGUCCAUUUACGCAUGGGAACUGAGGAUAGCCAAAGCAGGGAUUUCCACACCCAAGUCACUUGUCAAGUACUCUUUGGCGACUCUGACUCCUGGGCACAACUAUGGAACAGAAAUUCCUAUCUAAUACUUGAGCGAAUGAAAGAUCUAGAGCGUGGCGUCGGCAGUACCACUAGUCGGAUCUCACACGAAAUGGUCUACAAGCUGUUUUCGAAUGUGGUCCAGUAUGACUAUCGAUACCAAGGAAUGCAAGAAGUCAUUGUUGAUUCACAAAAGCUGGAGGCUGUUGUGUCAUUGGCCCUGUACGAGGGUAGCGAUGCUGGAAAAUUCUUUUGUUCGCCUUUGUGGCUCGACAACUUGGCACAAAUUGCAGGCUUCGUGAUGAAUGCCAUUGGGACCGUCAAUCCUCGAGAGUUUACGUACAUCUCUCAUGGUAUCGGCAGCUACCAGAUUACGGAAAGCAUCGCUGCGGGUCUUCCAUACCGAGCGCAUGUGAGGAUGCUGCCAGAAGAUGAAACGGUGUUUGUGGGAGAUGUUUCCAUUUUCCAAGGUGAUCGAAUGAUCUCGCGCUGCGGAGAUGUCAAGUUCAAAAAGGUUCCGCGCGCUUUGAUUGAAAGGAUUCUUUCCUAUUCAGCAGAGCAAAAACAACCUGUCACUCGCCUGGAUAUUGCUGCCACCGGCAGAAAACAGCCCAGAAAUGAACCAAGGCCCGUUGUCAAACGAGAGGAAACCACGGCGUCAAGCAUUGAAAUUCUGAAGAAAUUGCUUACUUCGCAAAUCGGAAUCUCAGAAGAUGACCUUCGCGAUGAAAGUACCUUUAUGGAGCUUGGAGUCGAUUCGUUGCUAUCCAUGACGAUUCUGUCAGAAAUUCGAGAUUCACUCAAUCUAGAACUGCCAGCAUCUUCUUUCACUGACCUUGUGACCUUUGGUGAUCUGCGCAACUACGUCUCGAGAACUCUGCCCGAUCAACCAACAAGAUUCUUGACCCCAAGUUCGAGUAGCUCCGAGUCUCCGAUAUCUUUACCACCAAGUGUAUAUGAUCUAUCAACCCAGUCACCAACCGAUACACGCCUGUUGGAGGUAUAUUCAGUCAUCGCGAGCGAGAUAGGUGUCGAUGUUCAAGAUGUUCUCAUAGCGGAAGAUCUCUCAGUCCUAGGCCUUGAUUCAAUGAUGGCAAUUUCCAUCCUCGGGGCACUGGAAGACAAGAUCGGAGUUCGACUACCGUCAGAUAUCUUCGAAGCAUCUUUGGCAAAGGAUAUGCACAGCGUCCUGAAUCAAAUGUUUGGCGGCUCGCCUGCCAAACAUUCUCCACUAGAGAAGGCAUCGGAGGCAGGCAAGAGAAAGUAUUCUUUUCCCUCCUCGAUUAUGCUACAAGAUGGAGACUCGAGUACCAAGACCCUUUUUCUAUUUCCUGAUGGAGGUGGUCUCGCCAGCGCCUACGCGAAGGUGCCCCAUAUCUCAAGCGGCAUUCGAGUAUGCGGUCUGAACAGCCCCUUGCUGUACUCGACCUCUCCUGCGGAGUCGGGCAUAGAAAGUAUGGCCACACAAAUGGUUCAGACCAUUCGGGAGCGUCAAUCGCACGGCCCCUAUUUCUUGGGCGGCUGGUCAGCCGGUGGAUUCUACGCCUUUGAAGCCGCCAGAGAGCUACUACAGUCGGGUGAGCAAGUGAAUGCAUUGAUCCUUAUCGAUUCGCCAUGUCGCUUGCAAUUUGACGCCAUGCCUACCUCUAUCUUGGAUUUCAUCUCAAACAACCGCUCUUUGAACAGCGAUAUUAAGAAUCAUUUCUUGCACACGAUCGGCGCAGUGAAGAAGUACGCACCACGGCCCCUGCCGCAAACAGACUCCAUGCAGGCGACGAUAAUCUGGGCCGAGAAUGGCCUUGAGAUGGAAACUGAAAGUAUUCAGUCAUUCUCAAGCUUGGAUGACCGCAGCACAAUUGUGGAGUGGCUGGUCAAAAGGAGUGGGCUGCUGGAUGCACUGGGCUGGGACAAGCUCCUCCCAGGCAUUGGCACUCGCAUCUCGACCGUUCCAGGAGAUCAUUUCAGCAUAAUGCAGGAUUCGAAUGCUACUUCGUUGUCGGCAGCCAUUGCAGAGGCACUCCGGUGA